AAGCACGCGUCACGUGAUGCGGAAAUCUAGUUUGGCCUUUUCAUUCAGGUUGUACCGCGUUUUAUUGUAAAGAAUGGGGACGUCACGAGAAUCUGCUCGUAAACACAAAGUAGAAAAGCGAAUACUGAUCUUCGACGAGGAUAACAGACGAGAGUUUCUAACUGGUUUUCACAAGAGAAAGGUUGAAAGAAGGAAAGCAGCUUUAGAAGAAAUCAAAAUGAAGCUCAAGGAGGAAGAGAAGAAGAUGAAGGAGGAGAAGCACACUGCCUACCUGGACUUGUUAAAAACGCUCAAAGAGGCAUUAGAGGAAGCUGAUGAACUGGAUCAUCUAGUAACUUCUAAAGUGGAGGCUCUUCAGUAUGACCAUCCUCGCCACACCGUGACUGUGACAACAAUUAGCGAUCUAGAUCUGGAUGGAGCAAAAUGGCUGACCACAGGCACUAGUAAGGCUGAGGAACAAUCUUUUUGCAAAGAAAGCAAUGACAACGAUGAUAGCUCAUCAGGAAAGCACGCUGACUCUGUACCGAGAAAAGCCAACAACCCUCUCUUAUCAAAAAGAUAA